GCUCCGCGAGGGAGGGAGGGGGGAGUGAGCGCGGGCCAGUGUGAGCGCGAGUGUGCGCACGCCGUGCAGAGCUCUGCCCUCGCCUCGCACCCUGCUCAGGGCAUCCGGAGAGCCUGGAACCGUGAUCAGGCUUAAAGUAUGGCAUGUUGCAAAGAUGGUUUCUGCCAAGAAGGUACCCGCGAUCGCGACGUCCUUCGGAGUCAGUUUCGCCCUCCUGCACAUCCUGUGCCUGGAGGCUUGUUUAAACGAAUCCCCAGGACAGAACCCAAAGGAGGAGAAAUUAUGCCCGGAAAAUUUUACCCGCAUCUUGGACAGUUUACUGGAUGGUUACGACAACAGGCUGCGUCCUGGAUUUGGGGGUCCUGUUACAGAAGUAAAAACUGACAUAUAUGUCACCAGCUUUGGACCUGUUUCUGAUGUUGAAAUGGAAUACACAAUGGAUGUGUUCUUCAGACAGACAUGGAUUGACAAAAGACUAAAAUAUGAUGGUCCCAUUGAAAUUUUGAGAUUGAACAACAUGAUGGUAACAAAAGUAUGGACUCCUGAUACUUUCUUCAGGAAUGGAAAGAAGUCUGUCUCACAUAAUAUGACAGCCCCAAAUAAGCUUUUUAGAAUUAUGAGAAACGGCACUAUUUUAUACACAAUGAGACUCACCAUAAGUGCGGAGUGUCCCAUGAGAUUGGUGGAUUUCCCCAUGGAUGGUCAUGCAUGCCCUUUGAAAUUUGGGAGUUAUGCGUACCCGAAGAGUGAGAUGAUUUAUACCUGGACAAAAGGUCCCGAGAAAUCAGUAGAAGUCCCCAAGGAAUCUUCCAGCUUAGUUCAGUAUGACUUGAUUGGGCAAACCGUAUCAAGUGAAACCAUCAAAUCCAUUACGGGUGAAUAUGUUGUUAUGACGGUAUACUUCCACCUCAGACGAAAGAUGGGUUAUUUUAUGAUUCAGACGUACAUUCCAUGUAUUAUGACAGUGAUUCUUUCACAAGUUUCAUUCUGGAUAAAUAAGGAAUCCGUUCCAGCUAGGACUGUAUUUGGAAUCACCACAGUCCUCACCAUGACCACACUGAGCAUCAGUGCACGGCAUUCUUUGCCCAAAGUGUCCUAUGCCACUGCCAUGGAUUGGUUCAUAGCUGUCUGCUUUGCUUUUGUAUUUUCCGCCCUUAUUGAGUUUGCUGCUGUCAAUUAUUUUACCAAUAUUCAAAUAGAAAAAGCCAAAAAGAAGACAUCGAAAGCUCUCCAGGAAAUGACAGCUGCUCCAUUGCUGAGAGCAAUGCACCCUGAAACACCCCUGCAGAACACAAAUGCCAAUCUGAACAUGAGGAAAAGAACAAAUGUUUUGGUUCAGUCUGAAUCUGACGUUGGCAUCAGAACCGAGGUAGGAAACCAUUCGAGCAGAUCUUCCAUGACUGUUCAAGCAGCUUCUGAGGCCACAUCACAGACUUACUUAGCUUCCAGUCCAAACCCAUUCAGCCAUGCAAAUGCCGCUGAAACUAUAUCUGCUGCAAGAGCACUACCAUCUGCUUCUUCUACUCCUAGCAGAACUGGGUAUGUGUCCCCGCAAGCUUCAGCAGGACCUGCUUUUACCCACCAUGUGUUUGGAUCAAGACUGGGGCGAAUUAAGACAACAGUUAAUACCGUAGGGGCUUCUGGGAAGUUGUCAGCCACUCCUCCUCCUUCUGCCCCACCACCUCCUGGAUCUGGCACAAGUAAAAUAGACAAGUAUGCCCGCAUUCUCUUUCCAGUAACAUUUGGGGCAUUUAACAUGGUCUAUUGGGUUGUUUAUUUAUCCAAGGACACUAUGGAGAAAUCAGAAAGUCUACUGUAAUUUUUUUUUGCUAUAGAAGUUUCCUAAAAUAUGAUGAACUUGAAUGCAGAAUGUCUUUUUAAAUGUUUUUAAAGAUAAACAAUUGUUCUUUACUAAAAUAAAAAUCCUAUGUAAUUUUCCCAUUUGAAAAAAUUCAAGCCAGUUAUUGGGAGAGUUAAUUAAUUCCUCAGUGAAAAGAAAGUGAGCCAAUUUUCAUUUCAGAAAAAUGAUUUAAAUAGAAUCAAUUCAGCAUUCAAAUUAGACAGAAUACAGACCAUCUUGGAAAGUUGGGACGAGAGAAAUAGGGCUCUUAGAAAUAUGUGGUGCAUAUUUAUGCAUUGAAAUUUGAAAACGGACUAUGGCAUUUUUUAAUAUACACUAUGAAUAUCAACCAACCACCCUAAAUUUCCCAGUGGCACUGCCCUUAAUCAGAAUUGUUUAUCAGAUAUUAUAUGCCGUGACCUUUGGAGAUCCUCUUACCUAGUUUCUGCAGAAAAGGACUUUUCCUGUUAAAUUAAACAUUUUUAAAAGGAAAAUGGAACUAAACAAAUACUGACCAAUGGAGUGAAACCUCUGCUGCAUCAAAAAGAAAUACAGAGACCAGGGAAAAUACAUGCCCUGUCAUAUGUUGACCAAACAGGACUUAACAGUUGACUUGGAAAUUUGUGCUUUGAGCCAAAGUUUAACUCAUUGUAUUAAUUCUUUUGAUAGUAGUUCAUUCAGUUCUGUACUCCUUCAAUGUGUGUUUAUUCAGAGCCUACUGUGUCCCAGGCACUAUGCUAGACAUUGUCUCUCUAGAAAGCUCCUUCACCUUUGCCUACAAUAUUACUUAAAUAGAAUAGUCAACGCAUGCGAAUGAACCAUAAACUAGCAGAAACCAGUGCAUUCUUUAAUGAAGAUACAUGAUCUAGAAUCUGAAAACAUAUUCAAAAUAUUUGUCUCCCACAUUGAUAGAGAAAACAGGUAUAUUGUUCACAUAGCCACUUUGGAGAUAAGUACACAUGAGUACUUCAGCAAUUGACAUCAAAAUAUCAUGAAAAUGUGGUACAGAUUUUUCUGUACCUGAAAAUCACUGUGCGCCUGAAAGUAGCAAUCUGGGCACUGUAAGACCUUAUGGAUUACCUGUCUGAAAUUUGAUCAGUAUCACAUAAUAGAAUUUGAUCAGAAUCACAGAAUCAUCAGAAUUAGGAACUCAACACAAGGGCUUUUUAGAUGUUUUUCCCAACAUAGAUUUGGUGAAAUGUAUUAGCUGGUGAAAUGCUAAACUUCUGGGAGGUUUCUGUGUCCGUAGUUCUGUAUUUCAGGACAAUUUCAUGUUCAUUUGGAGGGGAAGCUCUGUAUAGUUUCAUAACUAAGGUGAGAUGUUUGGAAUUAAAAGAGCAAUAGCACAGGAAUGGGGUACAGAAAAAACCCUAGCCCAAGGGUAGGAUGCCACUGACUCUGUUAUGCAAUUUAUCAGGAUGUUCAUGUACUGACUUUUCUUUUUCAUUAGGUAGGCUUAACAAGUUAAUUGAAUUUCUGGCAGCUGUCUUAUGCUGCUAAAUCUAGGUCCAAUUUUUUGUGUUGUAUUGCUUCCAAAUUUUUAUUUUAUACUACUCUGUCUCCCUAACCUAGUUUUUGUGAAUGAAUGUGUUCUGCAUGUUUGAGGGAACAUUUGAAAAGAAAUGGCCACUUUGAAAACAGGAUCUCUUAUUUUUUUUUUUAUAAAAGAAAUGAUAUUAAUUUGUAUUAGUUUUUCAGUUAUUGCAUUGCCUUCGAGUAACUUUGUAUGAGACCUGUAACAUGUGCAAAUGCCAAAUAUUAAUUGUGAGUCAUGUUGGAGAAUUCCUUACUGGUUAUCUCUUUAGAUAUUUAAAAUAAUCAACAGUUUGAAGGCUGAAAUAUGCUUUAGAAAUCACCCAAUCUCAACCCCUUAUUUACAAAUUGAGGCCAGUAAUAUGAGGCCCAGUAAAAUUUGUAUAAAUGUAUAUACUUAAUAAAGAGUUCUUGUACACAAAACUUAUCAAGCAUUAUUUCAUGAAUGUAAAUAGAUUUUUAGCCUUGAGGACAAUGCUUGAAAUAUAGGAAGCUAUGAUUGUUCGUUUUUCUAAUGAAAUGACCUUAUUUCUUUGCUGAGAAACUUACUCCUUGCUUAUCUUUUAGUUUAUUCUUAAGAAGUAUUUAAUUGGCCUCCCUUUUAAAGAAUAAAUUCUUCUCCUAUAAAUUUUAUAGAUGGUCAAUGGAUAAAAAUAAAUGAUUUUAGAUUUAUAGAGCAGAGAUCCAAGUGAACUCAUAGUAUUUUUCUUACUUUUGCACAUGAAGAACAUUUUAAAUAAAGUGGCCAUAUAAAGAGAAAGGGCAAAAUUAACCAAGAAUUCUUAAUUGUUAAUUUGAAUAAUAUAUCGAUCAGAAAGUCUAAUUAUUAGUACAAAAAGGAAUUAUUUCAUAUGCAAACAAUGUUAAUAAUAAUAAUGCAUAAUUUGCUUUUCCCUAACUGAAUUCCAUCAAAUUAAUUCAAGGCUAAUUUGUUGUUGUUGUUAAUCCCCACCUGAGGAUAUUUUUUCCAUUCCU